AUGCUGGUUCCCCCCCCCCACACUCACAACAAUUUUAAUGGAUUUGGAAAUGCAGGUUCAGCUUUAUUAAAACUUCGAGCGAGAAUUGGCUGUGAUCCUUAUGGUGCUUUAUUGAAUUGGAAUUCCAAUGAUAGCACACCGUGCAUGUGGUUGGGGGUUCAUUGUGUUGACAGUAAAGUGCAAAUGUUGGAUUUAGGUGCCCUUUCUUUGGAAGGAACGUUGGCGCCUGAGCUGGGGAAGUUAAGCGACUUAAGAUCACUUGUGCUCUAUAAAAACCAUUUCUCGGGCGCCAUUCCAAAGGAGUUUGGCGAGCUUACAAAGCUGGAGCUAUUGGAUUUGAGGAAAAACAACUUGAGUGGAAUGAUUCCAUCCGAGAUACUCAGCAUGCUGUCUCUAAAACACUUGUUACUUGGUGACAACAAAUUUGACAGCUGUAUUCCUUCAGAACUCUGGAAACUAAAUUUGCUCUCCGAACUGCAGUUAGAUGAAAAUCUUAUGCCAAUGUUGACUACUGCAAUUGGCUGUGUAAAUAGGAAGCUUGGACUUCGGUAAGAGCCCAUAAACAUUACACAUGAUGGCCUGAGGAAUCUUGUCCCUUUUGAACGUCGUAAGUUGGUUGAGCAGUCAAAGAACCUCCCUGCUGUACCUCCUCCUGCUGUCCCUUCCACUGAACAGAUCAUUUCUGUCCCAACUACCAGAAGUAGUGGGACUUUCUCUGCUGUACCGAAAAAAAAGAAUCGUGAACGGGCACCACAAGUUGAUUCUGCUCCUCCAGGGUCUACUAACUCAGAGCCUGUUGACCAGUUAUCCGAAUCCUCCAAAGCAGAGCCACCUGCUCAAGCAGUUUCUGGAAAUUUGUGGAAAUAUCUCAUUGCAAUUCUUUGUGUGGUCAUCUUGCUUUUUAUUGUGGUUGUGGUUAUCAUGUAUCGUAAACGGGCAGAAAAAACUAUAGGUCCUUGGAAAACUGGACUAAGUGGACAACUGCAGAAAGCUUUUGUUACAGGAGUGCCUAAGCUAAACCGGUCGGAACUUGAAGUAGCUUGCGAGGAUUUUAGCAAUAUAAUUGACAUGAAUGGUGGUUGUACAGUGUAUAAAGGGACUCUUUCCAGCGGUGUUGAGAUUGCUGUUGCAUCAAUUGGUGUUUCAUCUUUGAAGGAGUGGUCAGAUAACUCGGAAAUAGCCUAUCGGAGAAAGAUCGAUUCACUGUCAAGAGUUAACCAUAAGAACUUUGUCAACCUUAUUGGCUUCUGCGAGGAGAAUGAACCAUUCAGCAGGAUUAUGGUUUUUGAAUAUGCUCCAAAUGGAACCCUUUUUGAGCAUCUGCACGUCAAAGAAAUGGAGCACCUUGAUUGGACUGCAAGGGUGAUCAUCAUGGGUGUAGCCUAUUGCCUCCAGUAUAUGCAUGAUGAUCUCAAUCCUCCCUUGCCUCAUUCAAACUUAAGUUCAAAGACUGUCUUUCUGACAGAUGAUUAUGCCGCAAAGGUUGGAGAAAGUGCUAGUUUAGAAGAUAUAGCCAAGUUAAAAUCCUCAAGUGAUGGUAAAUCAGAGCAUUCAGAGUUGCCACCUGUUGUUGAUCAGGAAUUGAAUGUCUACAGCUUUGGAGUAUUGUUACUUGAAAUCAUUUCCGGAAAGCUUGCCCACUCGGAAGAGCAGGGACAUAUCGAGAAAUGGGCUGAUGAAUAUUUGAAAGACGAAGGGAGCAUCAGCAAGAUGAUCGAUCCAAUCCUUAAAUCUUUCAAGUAUGAGGAGCUUGAGGUAAUAUGUGAUGUUGUACGCGAGUGCAUCCUAACGGAUCCAAGGCAAAGGCCAACAAUGAAGGAUGUCACUUCCAAAUUGAAGCAAGCCAUUAACAUCGCCCCUGAGCAAGCUACACCAAGAUUUUCCCCCUUGUGGUGGGCUGAACUAGAGAUUUUAUCACUGGAGGCAACCUAGUCUCUCUUUCACCUCUCUUCUCUGUGUUGUAAGUCAAGUCUAUCUCUCUCUCUCUCUCUGAUUUUGCCUCGAGUCGGAAAGAAUUAGCUUUAUCAUCCUCCCCCCACCCCACCCCCAAAAAAUAGCCCUUUUCCUUGUACUUGGUUUCCACUUUUUGUGUCUUUUCUUCCAUAAACACACGCAUCAUACUUCUCCAGUCCUUCAAUCUAUUCAUUAUUGCCACCGCUACAUUGCAAUAAAUGUGUAUUUUGUACUCGGCAACAGGGAUUCCAUGUAUACACGACUGUAAUAGAUAUAAUGUAUUCUGUGAUUAUAAAUUCUUGUGUUGUAAUACUACUAACAUACCAACAAAUCUAUGUUUUGACUCUCUUUU